GAGCUAUGGAGCCGCAGGUCGCAGAACUGAAGCAGAAGAUUGAGGACACGUUGUGCCCUUUUGGCUUCGAGGUUUACCCCUUUCAGUGCCGCCUGUACUAAGCUGUGUGCUUGUACAAAGCUAAAUCAGCUCAGCUUGAGCCCUUUGCCGGAUGCUUAAGAGCAGCCCACUCCCACCCCUUCCACUGAGUGGCCCACAGCAGUGCUGGAAGAGGUGGCAUGGUAUAAUGCACUCCUGCCUCCAACCUUCCACCUAACCCUGCCAGGACCUACCCUGGCCUUCCUAGUACUCAGCACACCCGCCAUGUUUGACCGGGCCCUCAAACCGUUCCUGAAGAGCCGCCAUCUCCAACGACUGACUGACCCUGUGGACCAAUGUGUGGCCUACCACUUGGGCCGAGUUAGAGAGAACCUCCCAGAGUUGCAAAUCGAAGUCAUCGCUGACUAUGAGGUACACCCCAAUCGGCGCCCCAAGAUUCUGGCCCAGACUGCAGCCCAUGUGGCAGGGGCUGCUUACUACUACCAACGAAAGGAUGUGGAGGCUGACCCCUGGGGGAACCAGCACAUAUCAGGUGUGUGCAUACACCCCCAAUAUGGGGGUUGGUUUGCCAUCAGAGGAGUGGUGCUCCUGCCAGGAAUACAGGUGCCAGAUCUGCAACCCACAAAGCCCCUGGACUGUGUACCUAAAAGAGCUGACCGAAUCACCUUGCUUGAAGGGUUUAAUUUCCACUGGCGUGACUGGACAUACCGGGAUGCUGUGACACCACAGGAGCGCUACUCAGAAGAGCAGAAGGCUUACUUUUCCACUCCACCUGCCCAACGUUUAGCCUUCUUGGGCUUGGCCCAGCCCUCAGAGGAUCCUAACUCUAGGCCUGCUGAACUACCUUUUACAGUACUCAGACCCAAAAAACCCCAGAAUCCCAGCAGAGCCCACGGCCGGCUCAGCUCCCGUGUCUCACCACCAGCAUCCCCUGGCCCUUGACAUCCUCCUUCCCCUGAGAGCCCUACUGAUCAGUGGUACUUGCUGAGACUUGUUUUGCUUUUCAGCAAGGCAAGGUUUAAUUUUAGGUAUAUUCUUGAUAGAAGAAUUACAGAGAUCUUCAAUGAAGAUAAGGCUCAGAAUUUAGUCAAAACAAAUUAAAAACCCACAAUUCCCACCUGGUUUGGAUAUGGGGUUAUUCCUGUUAGCAUUUCUCCGCAAUGUUCCAAAAUGCUACUUGUUAUGAAGUCUUGGGGGCACCAAGGUGGCUCAGUAUGUUGAAUGUCUGCCCUCAGCUUAGGUCACAAUCCUGGGAUCCAGCCCCAUAUUU